AACACUUCUUAAGAUCAUUACAAAUCAAAUUAUUGCAGACGCGGUACAGUGUUCGAUCGUUUAAAAAUUUUAAAUUCUUUGUGUUCGUUUAUUUGCAAAAAAGUACACGUACAUUUUCUCGUAGAAGAUGUCUGGGGAUGUACAAGCAAGAAAACGGAAAGAGAAGAGACGUAAAAAGGAUGAGGAGGACAGUGCUACAGCUGCACCUACUAUUGCAACUCCUAAAGAAAAUUUAGAAGACAACGUCUCUAUUCAUAUUUAUAAAGAAAGUAUCACUGGUGGACAUUGGUGUGCACGAAUUAUAUUCUUUGUUAUAUUAGCUGCUCUUGUCGGCUUAGUCGGUGUAAUUAUUUUUGAGCACAGAGGCACCUCAGAUAUUGAUACACCAUUAGAAUCGUCACGCUGGGCUUUCAUUUUUGAUGGGUGGGUUGAUGAUUCACUAUCCUUACACGAUGAUGAGCCACAUGAUGAAAAAGAGCAUGAAGAGAGUACAGAAAUUGAAAAAGAUGAUGUAGAAGAGAAACAUGAUGAAGCUUCAGAGUCCGUAGAAGCCGAGGCAUCUAAAGAAGAGGAAGAAGAGGAAGAGGGGGAACAAGAAGGAGAGGAGGAACAAAAGGAAGACCAAGAGGAGGAGCAAGAAGAAGAGCAAGAUGAUGAUGAAGAAGAGGAAGAAGAACAACAAAGCGAGGAAGAGAGCCAAAUUGAAGAAGAUAAUGAAGAAGAUGAUAGAGAAGUUCAAGAAGAAAGUGAAGAAGAAAUAAAUAGAUAUGAAGAGCAAGAGGAAGAGGAGGCAACUGAAAAUGAAUCAGAUGAAGAGCAAAAUAGAGGUUCUCUGGAUAAAGAAGAAUAUAUUAGCACAGAAUUAGAUGAGCAAACAGAAUAUGAAGACGAAAACCUUAGAAAUGAUAUUGAAGAAGAUGAAGAUACAAGUCCACAGAAUUUUUAUGAUACUGACGUAUUAGAAGAGGUUGAUGGUAAUAGUAAAGAAGAAAGUACAGAACACGUGUUAAUGGAAUCAGAGCAUCCAUUUCAAGAAGUUAUAAAUCCCCUCACUGACGAGGAUGUGUUUGAAAGAUAUGUAGACAUUCCUGGUAUUAAUGAUAUUAAUGACGACAAUAUAGAACCCUUAGAAGAGGUAGAAAGUAUAGAACCUGAAGAAUAUAUUAGUGAUGUAGAUAAAAAGCCAGAAAAAGAAGAUGAAGAAGAAAUUGAAGAAGAAGAAUCUAUAAAUGUGGCUAUGAAGUUUGGAGUUGGUGUGGCACUUGUUAUUGCUGCACACUUUGUCCUUGUCAAACGGUGGAACAAUGAAGUUGCGUUUGUUCAAAUUGAACCUCAAUUACUAGUUUCUUCUGAGAAACUAAACAAAGAAGAAAAAGUACCUGCAGAAAAGGAAAAAAUUUCUGAUACAGUAGUUUCUCAACAAGUGCAUAGACAAGAAAAGAAAGAGACUGAGAAAGAAAGAGAAGAAAACGAGGAGGAGGAAGGAGAGGAAGGAGAUUUGGAAGAUUUGGAGGAUGAAGAAGAAGAAGAUGAAAUUGAUGAGGAAGAGGAAGUAGAAGAUGAAGAAGAAGAAGAAGCUGAUAGUGAGAAUUGGGAAUGGAAAGAAGAACAAGAUUCUGAACGUGAAGAAGAAAUAAAGAUCAAACAAGGACGUAAAAAACAAAAGAAAGAAUCAGAAGAGGAAGAAGAGGACCAGGAAGAAAGUGAAAUUGAAAAUUUUGACGAUUCAGAAUUAAUUGCUAAACUCGAAGCCAAAUACGGGAAGUUACAAAUUGUAAAAAACAACGAAGAAGAUUCGGAAGAAGAGAAAGUAGCGCCAAGUAAAAACGUAACAAAAAGGAAACGUAACUAAUAGUGUAUUAGACU